AUGGCGCUCUUAGGAGCUGGAACAAAAAACUCCCCUAUCGCCAUAGAUGACUCUGAAGACGAAGUCGUAUACGAGCUUUCGAAAGACAUUUCUUCUAGAUCAUCUCCAACGAGCGACAAACCGGAUUAUUAUCAGAGACAUGAAAUCCCUGACAGCGUCUUUGAUGAUCUCACUCGUCAUACUGAAACUGCGCAACCCAUUCCGAGGGAUAAGAAGAGGAAAAGGGCGGGCAGUAUGGCUAGCCAAGACAUACCCGUUGCAGGUCCUAGCCAUCCUAAGCAGCGGAAUCAUCCGAGUCUAGUGAAUCGCCUUUCGCAGCCCGAAAGCAAAAAGGCGCGUAAACGGAGGCGGAAGCUGGAACGCCAGGCUCAGGAAGAGGCACGUUUGCGGAAUAUUAACUACGAUUGGCUUCCAUCAACGGGUCCGACGCAGCCUCACCCGCCGCAUUCAUCUUGGUCGCAUGAACACCAAGUAUACAGUGACCCCUCUUACCUCCUGGGGCAGCCUCCCAUAGGCGUAGCCGUGCCAAUGUCGGAAGGUAUAUUCCCUCGAAAUUAUCUGUCUUACAAUUCAUCCAACCCGUACCAAGAAGAGAGUUUCUUCGAUACAUAUGAUUCUCAUUCCGUCACACCUCCUUCCAAUUCUCUCCCACAAACGCCUACUUUACCAGGGUCCACCACCUCCGAUUGGGUGUCCGCUAUGGCCAUGGCCGCAGAGAGUUCAACGAACGCGAAAAAUGUUGACCAUCUGCCCCUGCAUUGGUCCCCAAUGGCUACCCAGAUCUCAUUACCUCCAGUGCAACCACCACCCCUGCUACCUCCCGCUUCGUCUUACUCGCAUAGCGCCUCGCUUCCUAAAUCCACUACUAUGCCUCCGAGACUUGCAGAACAUCACGCUCUUCCUCCAAAACCUCCGCCUCCACAAAAACCACCUCAACCUUCACAAAAGCCUCAUCCGCCUCCACCUUCAACUUCACAGAAACCACCUCCGCCUCCGCCCUCACAGAAACCACCUCCACCUCCGCCCUCACAGAAACCACCACCUCCGCCUGCCCAGAAACCACCACCCCCUCCGCCUCAACCUUCCCAGAAACCACCACCCCCUCCGCCUCCACCAUCUCAAAAGCCUUAUGUUCCCCCGCUCGUUGUGCCCAUCGGCAUGCAACCAGACCUCGAUCCGAACAGUAAGCAUGGUAGCUUUCAAAUUACUGCGGCCACCAAGGACGUGGGUGCAGAGGCGAAGAAGAAGAGGAAAGACCAGUAUAUUCCCAAUCCGGCGCGUACCUUGGUCAUGGAACAGCUUCCCAAGCAGCACCGGCAACCAGAAUUUAUCAAUAGAUGGAGCCGGGGUGCCUGCGGUGCUGUUCCUGUCCAUUUGUUUAUCGAUGGGCCGAGAGGCAAGGCUUUGAUCGAGUUUGCCACCGCGGAGCUGGCUAGGAAGGCGUGGGGCAGUCCGAAGCUUGGAGUUGGCUUUGCACAACUGAAGCCGCAUCAAUUGAAGGGCAAGCCAAGGGAGGAUUUAAUCAAGGUUUGGUGGUAUCGUGUUGAGGGUGUUGGUGCCGGUGCUGGUGUAGGCGAAAUUGAGGAAGGUGAGAUUGAAGGUGAUGCAGCGGAAAAGGAACCCGAUGUUUCUGUUGCAAAGAAGGAGACGAAAAAGGAGCGAAAGGCCAGGUUGGCGCGAGAAAGAGAGGAAAAGAGGCUUAUCCGUGAGGCGGCAGUGCUAAAGGCUGCUCAAGAACGGCAAGCGCAGCAACCUCCACCGCCGACUCUACCGCCACCUCUGCCUCCGCCGCCUCCUCCAUCAGAAUCUAUGAUCGUUGAUGAACCUGUUCCACCUUCCAAUCAGCACUUUUUCUCUUAUGUCCCGGUUGCAAGUACUUCAAACUCUAGAAGACCUUCCACACACGAUAAUGAUAUCUCUCAGUAUCAAACGUUGCCUCUUUCUUCUCGUUAUCAGCAAUCUGUACCCCCUUCAUAUUCUUCGGGGACUCAUUCUCAUGGAAAUCCACCAGUUCAUCACCCUGUGAACAAAGCAGCGUACGGAGCAUCUAUGUUUCUUCGUCAAGGCGAUGACAAUGAGUCAAUUAGUUCAUCGGUCGCCUCGUCCGUCCCAGGCAAUGCAGAACCUGGUCAGGUGGAUGAUCUCGAAGAUUACGAAGAGGUAGACAUGGAUGUCGAUGUCGAAGAUGUUGUAGCGCCUCCUCCCCCGCCUCCACCUAGAGUACUACCCCCAGCACCACAGUUAAUGCACAAGUCCUUACCACCCCGCCCUAUGUCUCCUACCCACUAUGCCAGGCUUACAUCCCUGAAACCAUCUGCCCAGAAUCAACCUCAGUUCUCAGCAUCAGCGACACCAUUUGUUCCCAGAAAUCCAGUCCAAAACGUGCCACCUCAACGCCAACCUCCGCCUCAGGCUCAGCAAGCUGUACAUGUCGCAAAACCUCAACAUGUACAGGCACCUGUGUUGCAUCAGCCACGCCCACAACAUCCGGCAACAAUUCUGACAAUGUCCACUUCGGCUUCUGUAUCUGUGCCAUCAAUAUCAGCGACACAUUCGCCAUCGAUGUCGGCUUCUUCAACCUCUUCGACUGUUCCAUCCGAGCCUAAGGCAAUGAAGAAUGCGCCAACUGAACCUAGCUUCACUAAGCGUGCUCUCAUAGCUCGACAAAAGGAAUUGGAAGAGAAAAUUGCACGGAGCAAAUUGGAGCUAGCUGCGGCUAGUAGAACCACAUCUACUCCUACAUCUACUCAAUUAUCGCAACAAAUUUCUCAAUCUGCCAGCAUUAAAUCUUCUGUGGAUCAGGAUGACAAGCAAGCCAGGGAAGAUAAACUGAGACAAUUGGUCAUGCAAAGCCAGCGGUCGAAAGCGAAGCCUGUUACAAAAAUAGCUCCGACAUCUGAUCCUCCGGUCUCCGUCAAACCCUCACCUCCUCCUGCUCCCCCCAUUCAGCAUGAGAAGCAACCGACAAUAACGACGACGGCGACAGCGACAACCUCACAUAAUAUCUCAGUCUCAACACAAAGUGAGAAUGACUUCACCCUGGAGGAUCUAGCAGUCUCGUUUAUCACCCAGACGAUUGCGACUGUAAAAUCACAAUCUGCCUCAGUUAAGGCUGCACCUGUAGCUGCUUCUGCGCCAUCUGUGCCAGCGCCUUCCAUCAAACCCUCUCCAUCAUAUUCUCAUGUCAAGUCCGACCUCGCUGCCAAGCAGAAACGUCUAGAGGACCACAUCUUGGAGACGAAGAAUCUAAUGCAUAGGCUAUCCCUAUGUCGUUCUAAAGAGGAGAAGGAUGUGAUCUUGAAGAUCAUGCGUGAAAAAGAACGGAUAUACGAGGCGGAAGAGAAUAAAACCGUAUUGUCAUCAGCAUCGACGUCGACGUCAUCAACGCCAACGACAUCGUCGUUCAGCGCAACAAAGCGGAACUCAGCGCCUGGCUCAGUCAUCAACAGGGCACCAGCGACACCAUCGCAACCAAUGGUGCGAUGGCCUGUCAUUCAGCAGGAUCCUGGCGUUUUGAUGAUAAGCGACGAUGAAGAUGAAGAUGAAAGCGAUGAGGGCGAAGAUAACUCGUGA